AUGGACCCGGCCCAGGAGGAGCUCGAGCGCCGCAGCCGCUACCUCAGCUCGCUCGUCCGCCGCACCAGGCUCGACGACCCGCCCCAGCCGGAGCCGGAGCCGGAGCCAGAGCUCAAGGUGGAGCGUAAACCGGCGGCGGAGACCAGCGGCGGGGAGGGCAAGGCCGGUAAGGCGGAGGCCAAGGACAGCAGGGAGGCGGCGAAGGUCAAAGGGGACGCCGCGAGCGGGGAGGGGAGGAAGGUGGCGGUGCGGGUGCGCGCGGCGGACAUGCCGCUGGCGCUGCAGCGGCGCGCGAUCUGGAUCGCCCGGGAGGUCGUCCUCUCCACGCCGCGCCUCGAGAGCAAGCGCCUCGCGCUCGCGCUCAAGAAGGAAUUCGACACGACAUACGGGCCUGCUUGGCACUGCAUCGUCGGCACAAGCUUUGGCUCCUACGUCACUCACUCCCUAGGAGGCUUCCUGUACUUCUCGGUCGACAAGGCGUACAUUCUUCUCUUCAGAACCGCUGUCGAGCCACUGAGUAAACCGUGA